GGAUGAGAAGGCUAGAACUGAUGACCUGCCACCAAUGUGAGUUACCUAGACACGAGCAAGAGGGGCAGGGCAGUACACCUUCAAUGAAAGGUCUGGAGGGGCCCUGUCAUUAGUGCUGGGGAACUCGUUCUCAUUAGAAGACUUUGUGGGCUCUCAUAGCCUCUGUCUCCACACCGAGGAAGAAGGGUUAAAAGUGGAGCAGAUGGUAGACUCUCCAGACACCCUGAGUCCACAGUGGUAACCAGGGCUAGGUCAGCAGCAAUGUGGUGGCGGGGCUGGUGACCAGGAAAGGACAGAACACUCACUGACGGUGUCCACAGAAUACCCACUCUUCCCUGAGGACUGUGGCACUGGGGUUUGAUGGAUGAGGCUCUAAUAAUUUGUGCUCCUGCUCAGCCACCAGUAGCCACCAAACCCAGGAGUCAUAUAUCCAGUGUCUUGGGCCUUCUGUGCUAAGUGCUAGGGGAGGCACCAUAGAACAGAAGGGGACAGAAGAGUAGUCCCAGAAGAGGAGACCAGAAAUGACCGACACCACAAAGAGACACACUUCCGGAGUGGGCCAGGAGUUGGUGUACACUGACCCUCCAGGGGCCCGUUUCUAGCCCCCCAUGAAGCAGGCGGGGUGCACCAAGUGAAACUCAUGUUGGGGAGGAUGGAGCAAGCAUUUGUCUUCUAAGGAAGCCAGGGCCACUUAGCACUAGGCACGGCCCCACCCCCUGCCUUGCUUUUUUAAUCCAUUUACUAUCCUAGCUGCUGGGAGCACAGGUGAGGACUGCAGGGUCUUCAGUGGCCUCCCAUGUGCUGCAUCUGAAUGAGUUCAGGCUUCACCUGCUGAGCGGACCCUGGUGUGCCUGUGUGCCAGGGAAGAAGACAGGCUGCUGUCCAGAGACACCAUGCAACUGGCACCAGACCGACGGCUGUGGAGCCUGUGGAGUGCGGCUCCUCCCCUUCCACCCAGACCUCGCUGCCGGCCUGUGCAUCUGUGCUGGCAGAAGGACCCUCCGCUCACUGCUGUGACCCAUAGCACAGUCGGUACACUCCUGCAGUUGGCUUUGUCGAGCAGGAGGGGGACAGCCUGUAGUCCCAGCGAGGGCCCAAGGCAGGCAGGACCAGUGCCAACAGCAGCAGCACGACUUCCUUGCUUUGUCCCUGGACUCUGGGAAACAGGAGCGUCCGCUUCCAGUGUGUCUGCUCGGGAGCUGCGAAGCUGGCGUGAGCUGCCAUGUGGAGCUGUGGCCCACUCAACAGCACAGCGUGGGGUGAGGAGCCUCUGUGCCGGAACCUGCGUCUGGGGCUGUGGGUCCUGUCACUGCUCUACCUGGGGGCAGGUGUCCCUGUGGGCUUAGGCUACAAUGCCCUUCUGGUGCUGGCCAACUUGGCCAGCAAGAACACCAUGACCAUGCCCGACGUGUACUUCGUGAACAUGGCUGUGGCGGGGCUGGUGCUCACGGCACUGGCACCUGCGUACCUGCUGGGCCCUGCCCACUCCAGGUGGGCCCUGUGGAGCCUCAGCAGCGAGGCCCAUGUGACACUGCUCAUCCUGUUCAACGUGGCUUCCCUGGUGACCAUGUACUCCACUGCACUGCUGAGCCUUGACUACUACAUCGAGCGCGCCCUGCCACGCACCUACAUGGCCAGUGUGUACAACACCCGGCACGUGUGCGGCUUCAUCUGGGGAGGGGCAGUGCUCACCAGCUUCUCUUCCCUGCUCUUCUACAUCUGCAGUCACGUGUCUUCUAGAAUCGCCGAGUGUGCCCGGAUGCAGAACACAGAGGCAGCCGACGCCAUUCUGGUGCUCAUUGGCUAUGUGGUGCCAGGUCUGGCUGUGUUGUAUGCCCUGGCACUCAUCUCGAGGAUAGGGAAGGAAGACACACCCCUGGACCAGGACACCAGCAGGCUGGACCCCUCGGUGCACAAGCUGCUGGUGGCCACCGUGUGCACACAGUUUGGCCUCUGGACACCUUAUUACCUGAGCCUGGGGCACACGGUGCUGGCGUCACGGGGGAGGACCGUGGAGGGGCAUUAUCUGGGCAUCCUGCAGGUUGCUAAGGACCUGGCCAAGUUCUUGGCCUUCUCAAGCAGUUCUGUGACGCCACUGCUCUACCGUUACAUCAACAAGGCCUUCCCCAGCAAACUCCGGCGGCUGGUGAAGAAGGUGCACUGUGGGCGCCGCCGCUGCUCCCUCGACCCCGCGGGGAUACAGCAGGUGAUGGCCCAGGCGUAGUUAACCCUGCCUGGGCUGAUGUCUAGGAGAGGGUCUGACCAUGAGGAACACUAAACUCAACUGGACUCAGCACUUUGUUCCCCGAGCACAUGGCGCUUCCGACUCACGUCGAAGCCAGAGCACAGUGGGGCAUUUCUCUUGACGUUUCCUGUGUUUUCUCCUAAAAGGCCAAUCUUGGUCUUCAGCUGCACUGUGGAAAGCAGAGGUGCCUUGUGUGGACAGGCUGCUUCUACCUAACCUUCCUGCCCACCUUCCCCUUAAGGUGUGUGCCUUUCUCCCAGCGACACCUUCAAGGUCCACCUGCUCCAAAGCAGGCUGACCUUUGGCCUCCCUGGGAUUCGGGUUUUCUAAAUGAAGCGAUGAAAUCUAAAGCCAGUAUUUAUACUUCAUAUUGACCUGAUACUUGAUUCGCCUAUCAUUAUUAUUACGAUUAUUAAAUAGAAGUGUUAGAAAGACACCUAGUAUUAAGAAGAAGGCACUUCAGGACAUGUGGCUGUCACUGAUACCAGUGUUACAGCUUGAGGACAGGACGGUGUGCCUGUGAAACCUGCGGCAGUCACACAGCCGUCACUGACAAUGACAGCUGUGGAGCACGGCCCCCUCCCCAGCCACACAUAUCUGGCACCUCUCCUCUACUGAGAGAGGAUCUUAGUGUAGGUCUGUCUUUCCAGUGCUUCAGCAUAUGCAUAUACAUAAAUGGAAGGAAAAACAACGUGUUCUCGUAGUACCAAAGGUCUUCCAGGGAUCUGGAUGUGGGAAAGGGUUAGCAGGCAUGGGAGGGAAUGGCAGAAUGAGGGCAGCUGCUCCAUGAUGACCAGGGACUGGCACCGGGAAAAGGGUCCUGCUUGGCCAGUUUCACACAGCUGUGGGGUGGUACAUGAUGAGGCUCACCUCCCACAGGCAUCUGGGUCCAGGCCUCACCCGCGUGCCUCUGGGGCCUUUCGCCAUCCUUGUGUUUGGUAAUUAUCUAACGUGGGCAAGAAAGAAUUCCCACCACCCACAUUCUCUAGGUUACAUGGCAAGCCCACAAGUCCCUGCCCCACCCCAGGUCAAAAGAUCUCCAUGCGACCUUCUAACCUGCCUGUCUCUACGGAAGGCGGGUGUGUGAUCCAUUGUCAGUGGCUAUGUCAUGUCCUACAUGGCCUCAUGGCUGGUCCUGGCUGCCUGGGAACUGCUGCUCUGAGUCAGAAACUCGAGUUUUAUCUAUUCUGUGCAAACUACAUCUCCUUGGAUGGUGACUGCUCCAGUUACUCUGCCCUAAGGAGAAUUAGGGAGAAACAUGAGGCCCUCGGCCUAAGCAUGGGCCUGUGACCUCCCGGGCAUGCUCUGUGGGUCUCAGUUCACGAAUAGACCAAAGGGCUGGCUUAGACAGCGUCUUCAGGGUUGCUGCUGGCUGUGCAGUUUUGUUUUGAGGACUGUAAGGCAAGCCUGACUUUCCUCACCACACCCCAGGUGCACUGAGCAAAGGCCCGCGGGCCGACUGUAAUUCUCCUAUGGAGGACAGCAAGCCCAGUGACCAGGGUCACAACAAGCAAAAGGCAAUCUGAGCCUUGUGGGUCAUAGAGGAAGCAGGCUUUGGGUGGGCAGGGCUGUUUGUGACGUUGGGUCCCCGUUUAACAGUCUUUGCUCUGAGCACCGUUUACACCCUUUGCUCCAGACAGAGGUCCAGAGGAGGGGCAGACCCCAGGUCUAAGGUCUAAGAGGGGUUCUGUGCCCUAGAACCCUCCACCCUAGUCACCCCCAAGCAUGGUUUCUAAUCAAUUAGCCCAAAUUAUGUUCCUUUGUUGCACUUUCUCAGUGGCCUUAGGUACAAACUGGCCAGGUUCUAGGGGACCCUUUAGGGACUGGAAGCCAGGAUCAGUACUGUGGGACUGGCAUUACUGCGGGGAUAACCCAGGGGAGACCCAGAGGCCUACCUGGGUUUUCCUGGUGGAUCUGCACAUGGCCAGAGAGGUGGCCAUCUACAGAUCUACAGUGCUGACCCCCCCUCCACUGUAGAGACCCCUGGAGCCAUGCACCCUCCCGCCCAGGGCCCCAUCCCCACCGCCCGCCUCCUUCUUGCCCCGGCUUCCCAUCACAACCGCCCACGCUCAGCAGUCACAGGUGCUCAGACAUUUGCUGUUCCUGAUGCUGUGCUAAGUGUGCCCCAGUGUUUGCUUCCCAAUUUUGCCUUGCACCUUGCACCUCCCAAAGUAGGAAAGAACCUAAACCACACAAAGAAGAGGUUACUGCAAUGGUGUGUGUAUGUGUGUGUGUGUGCAUCUAUGUACGUGUGUACGUACAUGUCUAUGUGCAUAUAUGUCUAUGAGCACGUGUGUGUGUGUGUGUGUGUGUGUGUGUGUCGCUCAGUGAUGCUUUCUUGUAUGAGUUUAAGACUCUAGGCAAGACACACAUCUCCCCAAGGCUUGUUCACCUGGCUGUCGACACUUCUUGAUAGCUUUCAUUUACAAUGGAUGCUCUUACUUUCGCUAACUCGUAAGAAAGCUUGCUGGGUGUCAUUGUUCAGGAUUCCAGAAAGUGACCUUUUAUCUUGGGUUUCCUUUGCAAUGCCACAUGACAGGACAUAGGAAACCAGGCCCAUCGCUCACUGGGGCAGAUAUACCCAGGAACCAACAGACACUGGUCCUGUCAGAGAAAGCAUUCGGCAGAGGUCAGACCAGAGAGGACUUAGGACAUUAAUCUGCAUGUCUGGUUCUUGGGUUUAAGCUUGUGGGAAGAUGUGGGUGUUCUCAGUCCUUUCGUACGGGAUCCACCCCAGUGGCCGGAUCCAUUUGCCGAAAUUCUGUGAAUGUGAAAAAGAAACUACUGAUGAGAUCCAUACUUCUGAAGACUAUUAAAUUAUUUAACACUCA